CAUACUGUGCCAGCAGACAGCUUCAGCGCUCAGCAGUUGAUGCAAAGACAGCUGCUGCUUUUCCCUUCCUUCCCCUCCUUUUGAGAUCCCUCCUUUCAUUUCUUCCUAAGUACUACCUCUUUUCAUCUGUCUGUACUUUCCCCUUUCUUUUCACCGCUCUAUGAUUCUGGUAGUCUGCACUUCUCUACAGUCGGAUAUAAAGGUAGGUCCAGCUGGACGGAGAGGGCUUGGGUAAUCUCUGGCAGCACAUGAGCACCCAAGAUUCCUUACCUCUGCUGGAAAAAGGGAAAACAAGGGACGACUAAUAAAACUUUGGAAUAGGAGAAGGAAGAUGAGAUAAAUGCAUGAAAAGAAAGAGGAAGAAGUGUUCUAGAGCAAGUGACCUGAGCCAAGGUGCAGUAUCUGAUCAUGCCUGCAUGUUUGGUGCUGCUGCUGUCCCUGCUGGUCCUGUCCACAGGAAGUGAUCCCAGAAAAAUAAGGAAAAGAGGACUCAGCCAUAAGGACUAUGAGUACCCCAACCACCCUGAGUCCACACAGCACCAGAAGAACGACCGUUGUCCACCUCCACCUCAGAUGCUGCCUGAGGGAGCUUGUGAUGUUCCAGGCUGCCGCUCAGACUCAGAGUGUGAACACCACAAUCGAUGCUGUUACAACGGUUGCAUCUACGCCUGCCUGGAGUCUGUUCAGCCUCCACCAGUUCUGGACUGGCUGGUUCAGCCCAAACCUCGAUGGUUAGGAGGAAACGGCUGGCUGCUAGACGGCCCUGAGGAGGUCCUGCAAGCUGAAGCGUGUAGCACAACAGAGGAUGGAGACGAGCCACUUCACUGUCCUACAGGCUACGAAUGCCACAUCAUCACCCCAGGAAACCCUGCUGCUGGCAUCCCGAACCGGGGACAGUGCAUCAAGCAACAAGCCAACCCCGAUUCACGGGGUUUGAGGCAUAAACAUUUUAAGGACUACAAGGACUACUUGGGAUCCAGUUCUAACAAUGCAGUCGUCUACGAAAAACAUCAUCACAAGCACCUGGGAUGAAGAGAUGACCUUGAAUUUUAUCCCCUUUCAAUCAUCACAUUACAGUUAUGAUCAACAACCAGGAAAGAAAUGACAAUUAUUUGCCUUUGAAGCUGGUUUAUCAAAGUCAAGUUGUGAACAGUGCUUCAAAAUGCAACAAGAAAAUGUAUUUAAACACAGACUGUUCAUCAUCUGAUCAAAGGUUGAAGACCAUAGUUUAAAAAAGUCCAAAUCUAUAACAUAAAUCUGGUUUUCAUAUUUUCUGUCAGGCAUUCACCCGCAUCGACCCCCUGACGGCUAAAGAAAAAACACUUCCUGUCUUUGAACGAGUCAGUAUUGUUAAGCAAGUUCUCUCCCAAUGCGGCUGUGAUGGAGCAGUAAGAUGGACAUUUUAAAUUUCUUAAAAGGUCCUGACUGUUAUGGGACAAAAACAUCAAGUACCGAGCUGGAACAUCCAACUGGUUGUCCCUACUCACACAGGCAGAUCCUCGACCCAAAUUAAGGUCCUCACUGAUACUGAGGAGGCAUCUGUGAGAGAAGAGCUUAAGAGGGGAAAAACAUCUUCAAAGGCCACGUCUUCUCCCACACCACAAAUCCCCCUAUUUGGACUUUCCAGGGAGUAUCAAACAUUGGGGGUGGUGGAAGAAAAUUUUAUUCUCUGAGGAGAAAGUGAAUAUGAAAAGUCCUGAUGGCUUUUCAUACGUCACCGGCAUAAGGAAGAGGUCCCACUGGAGAAGUCUUCUGCACAGAACAGUGAAGGAGACUUCAUCAUGAUCUUGGAGGUCAGUUCACAACGGCCAUCUGACAAAGGACUUCUUCCAGGAGAAUAACGUCCCUCUAUGAGACCCUUCUGCAUUUUCUCCUGAUCCUUCUGAAAAUGUUUGGAGAUGGAUGCGAAGGAGGUUUACAAGAACAGGUUGUCUGUCAUGAAGCCACCUUCACCACAUGGAGCAACAUUUCCACCCCCUAACCCCUGCAUUAAGCAUGUUUGAACAUAUUUUUGAAGUGAUCAACUGGAACAUUGGGUCUUCUCAGCACUGAGUUCUUUUUUGGGACUUUUAGUUCUGUUUUGGUUUUUUUGGGCCGUGGUCUGAAACCUUUGAUCAGUUUAAAAACUAACGUAUUAAGUUCUGCGUUUUAAAGCUCUUCUUUCAACCUUACUAUUUUUAUCAGUUUAUUUAGAACAUCAUCUUCACCUGCUACUCCUUCCAGCUCCACUAGGAUGUGCAUCUGAUGUACUGUUGCCUGUUAUCCAACCAAACAAAUGCUGAAGGAGUUUCCUCAGAGAUCAACGAAAACGAAGGACCAAAGCUGUUAAUAAAAAUCUUUUUUGCUCUUUGCAACCUGGUUCCCCUCAACAACUCCUCAAUCAUUUCACAAACUAACGGGUCUGCAGAGAGAAUCAGGACCAUGUGGUGCUCCAACUCGUUCUCGAAGAAGCUCUGCUCAGAGUUCCUCCUCGUAAAGCUGUAGAAGGUUUUAAGAGCAGAGAGGGAACAAAUCCAGCUGCAGGGGUCACAUCUCUCCUCUAAACCCCCAAAUGAUCUCAUAGUCAAACUAAAGAGAGUCAUUAGCAGAAUAUUAGUAUUAUUAUAUAAUUAGAAUAAAUACCAUAGGAGUGUGGAUUAGGACAGUUUUAAAGGCUGUAUAGCAGUUUUAGAUUUAUGUCAGACAUAAAAUGUCAAAUAAAACUCGAGUUUAUUGUAAAAACCCAACAUCAUAAAGUAUCAAUUGUAAACAUGCAUUUAUGAAAGUCUGAAUAUAUAAUAGUUUUGUUCUUGAAGAAGAAGAAGGUAGGUUAGCUUUAAAUCAAGAUCAGCAACAAAUCUGAUCAGGUAUGUUUUUUCUAAAAAGGAGAUAAAAACAAAUUGUAUUUAUUAAGUUCAUAAAACUGCUGACAAUGAAUGUUGUUGCAUAGAAAUGGUAAUAGAGCAGAUGGAGAUUUUUCUUAAAGUUCUUUUUUUUAAAUGAAUGUGGACAUUUCUUGUUUUUAUUUUAAAGCGCCGCCAGCUUCAUGCGUCUCUUUUCUCUGUUCAGAUGGUUUUCUUGCUGCCUAACAGAAGAAUAGGCUGAAAACAAAUCAAUGGUGAAUGUUGUUCUCUGACUGGUGUUGCAUUGAUUUCCUGCUGAAAUAAACCUAAUUACUCAAA